CGGGAUUCCUAGAGAGGCCUCGGAAGUGCUCUCGUGGGUGGGAUUUAUGGCUUAAGCUUGGACUUGCUUACUUCCGGUGAGGAAGUGUCAGCAUCAGUGUUCUCCUGUUUUGUACGAUUCCCGGUCUUCCAAAUCUUGGCUGCAGGGAGAAUGAUCUUCCUGGAGAGCUAAUUGGGACUGGCGACUUGAGGGGAGGGAGUAGGGCUUUUGUAUUCGGACGGGGGAUCUGUCCCUAACCUUGACCGGGCUGUCUCUGUGUCGUGGGGUCAGGAGCGUUUCAGAGGAAUUUAGGUCCAAAUCUUUACCUUAUACCAUAUCUCUUCUGGACCAAUGAAGUCUUCAGUUGUCUGUCAAGCUCUUGUGGCUUGAUGGACAGAACCAGUUAUGAACAUUUUAAUGUUUUUCACCCCCAUUCUGACUUAAGUUUGAUUUAAGGUUGAGAGAAGGAAGGGCUCCAUCUGUAAUAUAGGUUGCACACUACUGAAAGUGCUCUUCAGAAGACAAAUUGGGUCAGAGUAACACAGCCAGCCUCGAGAGAAUUCCCUCUGAGUUGGAAUGAUAAUGACAGAAUCCCGGGAAGUUAUAGACUUAGAUCCUCCAGCUGAGACUUCACCGGAACAGGAAGACCUUCUAAUAGUGAAGGUGGAAGAAGAAGACUGCACCUGGAUGCAGGAGUACAAUCCGCCACCGUUUGAGACUUUUUACCAGCGGUUCAGGCAUUUCCAGUACCAUGAGGCAUCAGGUCCACGCGAGGCUCUCAGUCAACUCCGGGUACUCUGCUGUGAAUGGCUGAGGCCCGAGUUGCACACCAAGGAGCAGAUCCUGGAGCUGUUGGUGCUGGAGCAGUUCCUGACCAUCUUGCCAGAAGAGUUCCAGGCCUGGGUGAGAGAACAUCAUCCUGAAAGUGGCGAAGAGGCUGUGGCUGUGAUAGAAAGUAUACAGAGAGAGCUUGAGGAACGCAGGCAACAGAUUGUUGCAUGUCCUGAAGUGCUUCCUCAGAAGAUGGUCCCACCUGGAGCAGUGCAGGAGUCCUUCAAUUCCCAGUUCCUGGCCAUGGACACACAGCCUGAACAGGAGCCACAGAAGCCUCAUAUUCUGGAGGAAAAUGCCCUUCCUGUUCUCCAAGUUCCUUCCCUUCCCCUGAAGGACAGCCAGGAGCUGACAGCCUCACUUCUCUCAGCUGGGUCCCAGAAGUUGGUGAAAAUUGAAGACGUGGCUGAUGUGGCUGUGUCCUUCAUCCUGGAGGAAUGGGAACAUUUGGACCAGUCCCAGAAGUCUCUUUAUAGGGAAGGCAGGAAGGAGAAUUAUGGGAGUAUUACUUCUAUGGAUUAUGAGUCCAGGGACAAUGAUAUGGAGCUCAUAGUAAAGCAGAUUUCUGAUGAAGCAGACACCCAUUGGAUGGCAUCAGGAAGCCCUGAAAGGAAUGCACCCCAGAGUCAAGAGUUUGCCGAAGUUAGUGACCUUAAAGGAAUGGUACAGAGGUGGCAGGUAAACCCCACUGUGGGGAAAUCCAGACAGAAUCCUUCCCAGAAAAGAGAACUUGGUGUCAGCACAGCCAUUAACCGUAAGCAGAACACAAAUGGUGAGAGGGGCCACAGAUGUACCGAUUGUGGGAAAUUUUUCCUUCAAGCUUCAAACUUUAUUCAGCAUCGACGAAUCCACACUGGAGAAAAACCAUUUAAGUGUGGUGAAUGUGGGAAAAGCUAUAAUCAGCGCGUGCACCUCACGCAGCACCAGAGGGUCCACACUGGCGAGAAACCCUAUAAGUGUCAGGUGUGCGGCAAGGCUUUCCGGGUGAGCUCCCAUCUUGUGCAGCACCAUAGCGUCCACAGUGGCGAGAGGCCCUAUGGGUGUAACGAAUGCGGGAAGAACUUCGGCCGCCAUUCACACCUGAUCGAACACCUGAAACGCCACUUCAGAGAGAAAUCCCAAAGAUGUAAUGACAAAAGAAAUAAGAAUACAAAAUUGAAUGUUAAGAAGAAACUAGAACUUUCAGAAGCAGAUAUAGAACUAUCAGGAAAAAUCCAGAGGAAUGCCUCUCAAGUUCAAGGUUUUGGAGAAGGCUAUGAACACCAAGGCAAGGCAGAUAGAAAGCAGGGAAUUCCCAUGAAAGAAAUUUUAGGACAACCGUCUUCAAAGAGGAUGAAUUGUAGUGACGUCUCCUAUGUCCACAAAAAAUCCUCUACAGGAGAAAGACCACAUAAAUGUAAUGAAUGUGGGAAGAGCUUUAUUCAGAGUGCACAUCUCAUUCAACAUCAACGAAUACACACUGGGGAGAAACCAUUUAGGUGUGACGAAUGUGGAAAAAGUUACAAUCAGCGUGUGCACCUUACUCAACAUCAGCGAGUUCACACUGGUGAAAAACCCUAUACUUGUCAUUUAUGUGGGAAAGCAUUUAGAGUGAGGUCCCAUCUUGUUCAGCAUCAGAGUGUGCACAGCGGGGAGAGGCCCUUCAAGUGUAAUGAAUGUGGGAAAGGCUUUGGGAGACGGUCACACCUUGCUGGACAUCUACGACUUCACUCAAGGGAGAAAUCCCAUCAGUGUCAUGAGUGUGGGGAGAUCUUUUUCCAGUAUGUUAGCCUAAUUGAACAUCAAGUGCUCCACAUGGGUCAGAAAAAUGAAAAAAAUGGCAUUUGUGAGGAAGCAUAUAGUUGGAACUUGACAGUGAUUGAAGAUAAGAAGAUUGAGUUACAAGAGCAGCCUUAUAAGUGUGAUAUAUGUGGAAGAGCUUUUAAUUACAGUUCAGACCUUAUUCAGCAUUACAGAACUCAUACUGCAGAGAAAAUCCAUAAAUGUGAUAUAUGUAGAGAAAAUGUUGGCCAGUGUUCUCACACAAAACAACAUCAAAAAAUCUACUCCAGCACAAAAUCCCACCAGUGUAAUGAAUGUGGAAGAGUCUUCACUUUGAAGUCACAUCUUAAUCAACAUCAGAGAAUCCAUACUGGUGAAAAACCCUUUCAGUGUAAAGAAUGUGGAAUGAGUUUCAGUUGGAGUUGCAGCCUCUUUAAACAUCUGAGGAGCCAUGAGAGGACAGAUUCCAUAAACAAUUUAAGUGUGUAGGUGUUUCUGUUGAAAAACAGCCCAACUUUUGCUGUUUAGCCCAACAGCCUUCCUGAAGAGAAACCUUAACUACUAUAAUGAGUGUGGUAAUGAUGUCAAGCAUUUCUCCAGUGUAACCAUCAAACCUAUGGGUGUGUUAAAUCCUUCAGUUAGAACUUGGCUUUAGGAACCAGGAGCAUCACAAUAAAGAAAUCCCUGUUUGUUCUUCCCAUUGAGCAGCACUUUGAUUAGCAUCCUCAUGCUUGAAAGUAGACAAAAAGAAUCUCUGAAGACACCCAAUGAAGGAUAAGCCUUUAGAUGACAGUCUAUUUGAGACUCAGAAUAUUGACACUGGGAAAAGCCUCAUGAAUGCAGUAGAAAUAAGCUUUAUUUGUAGUUUUGGCCUUGUUUGACCGUAUAUCUAUUCAGGGAAGAGUGCAGUGAAAGAAAGAACUCUCUAGCAUGAUAUCUGUUUGGUACCUCAGCAAUGAACCUUUUCUAGAAAUUAUUAUUCUACCACUAGAAUACUCCAUUGUUCUCAUCUUGAGUAUUAAACCCUUUGAAAAGAAAUUGAUUAAAGGUAUCUCUGUUUUGGCA